ACGUCAAUUUGUGUUUGAAAGUUUACCGUUUGGGCUUGGCUAGUUGUUUGUGGUGUUAUUUAUUCCGAUUCCUACGCUUUCUUUACAACGUUGAAAUAAAUAUACACAUUAAAAAUGAUUCGAACGAAUCGGUGGAAAGGUGGAACUGACGAAGAAUACGCAACCCAGCACUUUGGCUUCGGAGCGCAGCGCGUCAAAAUAGCUCUCCGGCAAAUGGUUGAGGAAAAAAUUAGGACUGGUGUGUGUGAUAUGGAAACGUAUCUUCUAAAUUCCCUUGACCUCAAUGAAAGUGACAAAGAAGCAAUCCGUAUCUUGUGUAAAAAAUUGUUACGGCUAUACUGUGAAAGAGCAGAGCCUUCCUUAGAAGUUGUGGACAGUGAAAUCGAGAGAAUAUUGACCGUGCCUUCAAAUGUGUUGUUACCUGCUGAUGAGGUACAUGAAGAAGAAAUUACAGAUACAGAAUACGAUAAAUUAAAACAAGAAGUUACAGCUUUGAGAAACAGAGUAGAGCGAGCAGCUUUGAUGGAAGCUUUACUCACAGCGGAGGAGAAUGACAUAUCUGCUUUGGAAAAGGUGUAUGAAACUGCUAAACAGAACAUGGAAAUCCAGGACAUGAUAAAUAAGAACUUGGACAAAAAUGACUUAAAAACAAUUCAAAGUAGUGCACAGUUAUUGUGUGCGCAGAGUGCAUUGAAAGAUGAUGGGUUUUUGGAUGAAUCAUCUUGAAAGUAAUAAUUUAUUGUACAUAUAAUUGUAUUAUAUUUAGUAGUUCUAUUCCUAGGUAAUUUUUGUACAAUAUUAUUGAUAUUCUUUUGAUGGUUAUUUGGGUGAAUUUGUAAAUAGUAUUUUUAUGAAAUGAUAAUGAUCAAGGUACUCAUACCUUACAAAAAACUAAUUACAAAUAGUGUUUGUUUAGUUUCAUGCUUAACACUUUUGUAUAAGUAUGUGUAUUUUUGGAAUGUAAUCAUGAUUUGCCAUAUUUAAUCAUAAUAUAGUUUUACUAUCAAUAUUUGAAUGGGCUUAUACAUAUGGAAUUGCUGGCUUUAGGGUGGUAUUCCACCAGUCCAAUGUCAGUGCAGUUACCGGGAGUGUCGACAGAUGAAGGAGUAGAGAGCGUGCACCCAGUAGAUAGUUAGGUGUGGUCCAAAAUAUAACCCAGAUUUCGCUCCAGGCAACGAAGUAGAUGGCCGAAGAUUGUGAGGCCUGGAGAGCAGUGGUAGGAAGAAUAACCCAUAGGAGUCACGUCCCUCAGACAUGAGGUCACAACCACGAAGAAGAAGAAAGAAGAAGAAUGUCAGUGCACGCAAUACACAUUGGAGAAAGAAAUUGGAUAGGUGAAAUACCACCCUAUAGUAACAAGGGGAGAGGGCUCUAGACUUACCACAAAGUUCAAUAUUUUCAGAGCCACAUUUCUCAAGCAAGUAAUGAUAACAGGAUAUAUAGUAGUGUACCCUAUGAUGGGCGUGGAACCAGUAAUGGGACAAAAAAACACAAAUCCUGUAAAAUAAGUGUCUAAAAGUAGUUUAUAAACACUGCCUGUAUAUUAUCAUAAAUAAGAGUCCUAGAGCUGUUUCAGUUUGAAUUUUUAUUAAAUUUGGUUGUUUUUUAAGAAAUUGGCGACAACCCAAAAGUUGUCGUGUCACUGAAAAAAAGUACCACUACGAAUUCUUAACAACUUCGCUAAGAGAGGUGACUUAAUUUAUUAAAUUUUAAUUAAUUAAUACUUGAUGAAAACUAAAAUGUGUUUUGUUAAUUGCAUUUACCAUGAGAUAAGGUAUACAACAUACUAUGUUGUGAGUCCACAGAUGUAAAAAAAUAGUGGUAUUUCGCCCAAUCCCAUUAUAGGAGCUGUAAAACUGCAUACCUCCUAUAAUGGGAAAUUUACAUAAUGAUGCUUGCCAUGCCAUCAUUUCAUGUUUAAACAAUACAGAAGUAAAAUGUAGUUACGAAAUAUGUCAACCAGGAGGUAUGCUCGGACUUCGGAUAAAUUAAUAUCGUUUUUUAGUGUGGGUCAAAUCUUGGUAGCCGAGUUUGAGCCACUUUCCCGUUUUCCGAUUGAGUUGAAAUUUUGUAUUCGUAAUUAAAUAUGCAAAUCGGAUGAUAAUGCAAUAUUAUGAUAACAUGGACCAGAUCUGAUGACCUAUUUCAAUAUUUUAUACUGAUAGAGCAGUGUCCAUUACUGGGGGGCCCAUUACUGGAGCUUUGGUGUCCAUGACUGGAGAAAAAUAGCAUAGUUUUAAUUUGUUAAGUAUGUGGAAACUCAUUGCAGUAUCUUUGAUACAACACGCCUGAAACAUGAAAGACGGGUAGGACUUUCAUCUUUCAAUACGCUAAGCGGUAGACCAUUCACAUGUAUUAGGGAAAUAUCACAAAUACUCCAAAUUCCCUCUUAAAUGUCCCAUGACUGGUGCUGUUACUAUACUAAGAUUGCAUCUUUUGGAUAUGAACAUGAACUUACCAGUUAUCUAUUUUUAAACACUGGAGUACAAAAGUAUUUGGUAUACUACUAGGGAGUUGCCAGCUGAUUUAGAAGCAGUUGAAAUGGCCUAUGGCCAAGGGGAGGGUCAUAAAUUUAGUUACUAAUUCUGUUCUUUAGAGGUACAGCUACCUCCCUCCCUCACAGUUUGGUAAUUUUAACAUAAUACAAAACAGCUUCAUGCAUUAAAGCCUUCAACCAGUGUAUUGCUGACCAUAAUAACUGCUUAUCAACUACCUUAUCUACCUAUAAUGUAGACUUAUCUUCUUAUUCUUCUUCGGUGUUCCUUCAUGACUGAGGAUUAUGUCCCUCCAUUUAACGAGAUCAAGGGCUAUGUGGGCUGCCCUCUGCAUGGAACCACAAUCGAAUGGAAUCUGACAUCUCUGAUCUUGCAGGGGAUUAGCCCCUGCAAGAUGAUAGACCUAUAGUACCUACCCAAUAGCUCUUAUAUUCAAUCUUUGAUGAGAUUUGGAAGAGGAUGCUAUGAACUUGUAUUUAAGCCCAUUUGAAUUAUUUUUUGUAUAUAAAAUUAAUAUUAAUCACUGUCAUCACAAGAUGCCUUACUGCAUGUUUGGAUUAUGAAUUAAUUGUUAACCCUUUGACUAACAAGCCCUGUAAAAUAAUGGUGUCCUAGACACCAUGCACUCACCAAUAAAAUACAUAAAAUGUUCUUUAAGCAGUUUCUCACUUUCGGUGCCGGGCACCCGUUUCCAGUACAAAAUGAACACACUGUAUGUGUUCUUGGCAAUGAAUAUGUCAAUCAAAAGUCAUGCUAGAGGAAUAAAUAUAACAGAAACAUAUUUGCAGAGUAUGUUAGUUCUUGAUGUCUAUCUAUACACACAUCAUAGUACCCUUUUUUGUACUGUAUUGGCAAACUACAUGAUCAACAGGUUAAAAUAGUUAUUAGUUAACUCAUUCAUUGCCAAGGGGCGUGGCCUAGGAACAAACAUGUAUGACGGUGAACGCACAUGUGCGUCGGGGGCAGUGAACGUGUUAAAAGGGGUACCUUAUUGCUAUGACAUAAGGCCUACCGAUGGUCAGACAAGCAUUGAUUUUGUUACUAAUGUAGUGUGUAAAAAAUUAAUCUAUUGCUUUGAGGUCUAACUGUAAAUGAGAGAUUGAUUGUAAGCUGUAAAGCACCUUGAUGGUGCAUGACCUAUGCAAGAAAAUAAUUUAGUAAAAAUUAAGACAGUGAAUGUUUUGUCCAUAGACUUCAACUAUAAAGUGAUGUUGUAACUGGUAUUACAUUGUGUACUGAAUAUAUUGUAGGUGAUAAAUAGACGAAUCAUUGCAAACAGUUA